UCAAGCGCAUCACUAGGUGUCAUUACCGUAUCGAGAUACCAGCGUUCCGCGGGCUUAAAGGGCAUAAAUUCAUCUAACAGGCAUUUGGUUCCCCCCCUUGCCCUCGUCUAUAUCUAUGUCAAGCUCUUCAACGCCUUCCCCACUCUUUGAUUUUGGAACGCGACUUGGACUUGUUUUCAUUAUUGAGGUGGCGUCUCUUUCCGCUACGGCUGUAGUAUUACUCUUGGCCUUUAUCUGCUACUCCACGUUCAAGGUUCAGCCAGGGGGACUUCGCGGAUGGGCGGUCUCGUCUCAUAUUCAUUACUACUUCGUGAACCUCCUGGCAUGCGAUUUGAUUCUAUCUAUCGGUGGGAUAAUGGAUAUUCGAUGGGUUGCUGAGGCAAACGUGACAGCGGGAACGUUCUGUACUGCUCAAGGAAUUUUCAAGCAGCUAGGUGAUCUUGGAGUAGCCUUAUCGACAAUGUCCAUCGCUAUACACACUUUCUUGGUUCUUGUUUUCAAGUAUUAUUCACCUCCCAAAGUCGCCCCUUUCGUAGUCGCUACGAUAUGGACAUUUCUUGGACUCGUCGUUGGCGUCAGCUCAGCUAUACACCACGGAAAAGGAUACUACGGACCUACUCAGUAUUGGUGUUGGAUCACUAGCAAGUUUCGAACUGAGCAAAUCGCGCUAGAAUACGGUUGGGUGUGGUUUGCCGCCUCUGUAAACAUCAUGUGCUACGCUAUGAUAGCACUCGUUCUCAAAGGCAUCGUUCUCGUGGAUGGAUACAAGAUACGGCUGCGACGGAGGUCGGAUGCGAGUAGCACUAAGUCAGUUACCGACGGAACCAAAGGAAUGAGCUCUUCAGCUCAACGAUCCAACGCGAUUGCCAUGCGAAUGCUUUUCUACCCUGCCGUCUACCUCGUUGCAAUCUUUCCCAUGUCUCUGGUCCGCUGGCUUUCUUUCUUUGGGAUGAAAGUGCCCUUUAUCGCCACAGCGUUUGCCAGUAUUCUAUUCUCGUCAUCCGGUAUUCUUAAUGUUAUCCUGUUCACGCUCACUCGACCGGGGCUAGUUCCCAACCGAGGCCCCUCCAACUCUCAGAGAAGCUGCGAACUAUACGGCUCCCUCGCUAGCCCCGGCGUACAGACUGGCUUUAGACAUCCUCCAGUCUCUCCGAGAACCCAGGCUGAAGACAGCAUUGAGGGAGAAGAAUGGAAAUGCCAUUCUCACGGGGGGCCGGGGGAAGUAGAUGUUAUCACUUUGGACAUAAUUAACACUCGGAGUGUAUCUUCGGAGGUCUAAUCCCUAUUUCUCAGUUUCCACUGUUCAAUGAAACUGAUAUAAUAAGAUGGUAGUGUUUUGAGGGGUUCUGAUUUUUGGAACGCGAAGAAUCUGGUAUUCGAGAAAUGCUUAUCAGCCUGCUAAUGUGGGCCACAAGACUGCCUCAAGGAUGGUCCUGCCUCGAACCGCGGAUGUGGCGUUCAUGAUCGGUGACCCCAUAUUGUGAAUCGUAAAUUGAAAUAACGCUCAAUUCUGGCAAAGACUGUAUACGGCAAAUUAUGCAAACCACGGCGCUUGUUCAAGUCCUACAGCGCUCACCAUUCUCCCAACAAUGA